AUGCCUCCAGCACCACCAGAUGUAAUAGAAAUACCUGACGAUGAAGGCACACCUUCGGAGUCUGAGGAUAACAUCUCGUCCUUUUCAAAUUCUGCCCGGAAAAGGAAGCACGAGACUGAGAUUGAAGAGAAGGUUGAGUGGACUGGAGACGAAGACGAUCUACCAGCAAAGCCCAAAAAGCGUCGUGGUGGGCGAAAGUUAACUCGCAAAAAGAAAGGGGAUGAUGUACAUGCAGAGAAUGAGACACCCAAAGAUGAUUACGAGCUCGCAGGUUUACCUGAUUAUCUGAUCGAGCGACGGCGCAAGUUUGACACUAAGAGGAAACUUCACCACGAUAAUGCUCUUAUGGUACCUCCUGAUUAUUCGGGGAUUCACUUCGAAGAAACUAGAAGACUCAGGGAGCUGGAAGAGCGACCCAAGUUCAGUGAAAGCAGUGGCAUAAAACCUUCACGACCGUACAAAGAUAUUGAACUGCCCCAAUCAGCAGGUCUCAUCCCAGCGUCGAUCGCCCAGUAUCUUCGAGAUUAUCAAGUCGCUGGCGUCUCAUUUCUGCACAGAAAGUUUGUCUACCAAGAAGGCGGUAUCCUGGGAGAUGACAUGGGUCUCGGAAAGACGGUGCAAGUUGCUGCGUUUCUAGCAGUUGCGUUUGGCAAGACUGGCGACGAGCGUGACGCCAAGCGGCUGAGACAAAUCCGCCAAUAUCCCCACAGAUGGUAUCCGAGAAUAUUGAUUAUUUGCCCCGGGUCUCUCAUUGUGAACUGGAAGAACGAGUUAGAUCGUUGGGGCUGGUGGCAUACUGACCUGUUCCACGGAUCCCAUAAAGACGACGCAUUGAGUACUGCCCGUGCAGGGCUAGUUGAAAUCAUGAUCACCACUUAUGACACAUACAAGAACAGCCGAAGCUCAAUCAACAUGGUUCAAUGGGACGCAGUGAUUGCUGACGAAUGUCACCGGCUGAAAGACAGAUACUCAGAAACUACCAAGGCUCUCAACGAGAUCAAUGCGCUUUGUCGUCUUGGCCUCACUGGUACCGCGAUCCAAAACCGAUACGAAGAGCUCUGGACACUACUGGACUGGACUAACCCUGGACACUUCGGGACUCUGGCAGAAUGGACACAAAGAGUCACCAAGCCCCUGACUGUUGGCCAGUCUCACGACGCAACGAAAGCUCAGCUCAGCCUGGCAAGAACAACAGCUGACAAACUGGUCCACAAUCUGCUACCACAGUAUUUCCUUCGGCGGAUGAAGAGCAUCAUAGCGAAGCAACUACCCAAGAAAACCGACCGAGUCGUCUUCUGUCCUCUUACAGAUCUCCAGAGGGAAGCAUACGAGAACUUUUUGGAAAGCGCGGACAUCGAUCUCCUUCGCAGUCUUUCUGAGCCCUGCUGUGGAGACAAGAAGAGAGGAUGGUGCUGUGAUCGCCUCCUUUCUAGCGGCGUACGCUGGCAGAACAUUGUUUUCCCCAGCAUGAUCGUGCUGCAAAAGAUGGCAAAUCAUCUUACUCUCCUUGUGCCACAAACCACCGACUUGGAGGGGAAACACGAGUCAGAUCUAAACACUCUUCGAACUUGCUUGCCUGAAGACUGGAAAUACGUCUACGACAAUCGGGAUCGGAUUAAGAAUCUUGUUAAUCCCGAGUUUUGUGGAAAAUGGAAAGUUCUGAAGAAGUUGCUCAAAUUCUGGCACUCAAAUGGAGACAAGGUCCUUGUCUUCUCUCAUAGUGUGCGACUUCUUCGUAUCCUCCAGCAUCUAUUCACCAAUACGAGCUACACUGUUAGCUAUUUGGAUGGCUCCUUGAGUUAUGAACAGCGCCAGGAAGUUGUUGACACGUUCAACUCCGACCCGACACAGUUUGUCUUCCUCAUUUCGACCAAAGCUGGCGGCGUGGGACUCAACAUCACAUCUGCGAAUAAAGUCGUUAUUGUUGACCCUCACUGGAAUCCGUCUUAUGACCUUCAAGCCCAGGAUCGAGCCUAUCGUAUCGGCCAAACUCGUGAUGUUGAGGUUUUCCGCCUUAUAUCGCUCGGGACAGUCGAGGAGAUUGUGUAUGCACGUCAGAUUUACAAACAGCAGCAAGCAAACAUUGGCUACACUGCGUCGUCUGAACGUCGCUACUUCAAGGGUGUCCAACAGGACACUGAUCGAAAGGGUGAAAUAUUUGGUCUUGCCAACAUCUUUACCUACCAUAACGAUAGUGGCUUAUUGCAGGAAAUUGUGAACAAGACAAAUAUUGCCGAAGCAAAGGCGGGCGUGCAUCUUGUGGAUGUCAACAUGGAGCAGGCGGCCAAAGAUGGAGAGGACCUUGCGGCGGUGAAGAAUGAAGAAACUGAUACUGAAGAUGGUGGCAUGAGCCAACUUGCCACUCUGCUCACAGCAGAGAACCAGCAACGAAUGAUCGAAUCCAAAAAGGCUAAGAAUAAAAAGCCAAAGAGCGACGCGAUCCAAGCGAUCCUCACUUCUGCGGGUGUCGAGUAUACACACGACAAUAGUGAGGUGAUUGGAACGUCCAAAGUCGAGGAACAACUCUCACGACGGGCUGUCAUGACAACAUACUCAUCUGGAAAUGUUGAUGGACAGAGUGCCCUUUUCGCGGAGAGUGAUGACGAACAAGGGGACGGCCUACACAACAUGUACAAUCCCCCUGAAGAAGUCAUGCUCCGACAUUUCUGCGAAAUGGCCAGAGAGUUUGGCUUCACGAAUGCAACAGACUUUGCACUUGUUGUGGAGAGUUGGAGUCAAGAGGCAAGGAGAAAUUGUCUAGACACUUUUUAUAAGAGGAGAGCUGCGAAGCUUAUACAAGAAGGCAUAAUCAAGGAGGAGGAUGUGAAAGAUACUGCUCAGGUGGACACUAAGCACGACAUCGAUGCCAAAGAAGAGGUCAAGGAUGAGAAGAAGGAUACUAAGCUGACCCCGAAAGAAGAAGACAUCAAAAAGGAUGACACCAUACAUACUUUGGUGAAGACAGAGAAUACAAAAAUGGAGGCCGUUGACACCAAGAUGGAAGGUGAGAAGAAGAUCAAGACGGAGGCUCAGGGGUCGAGUAUAAGAACCUCGAUAUUCCUCUCAGAUGACGAUGAUGAUGACGAGCUGUGA